GGUGAGAAAGGAGUUUCGUCUAUUCCAGCCCACUAAACGCCUCUCCCCCUCUUCUCUCCUCUCCUUUCUCAUCCAUCCAUCGGAAAGCUCUUCUCCCCCCUCCGUCCGCUCAUUUAUUCCUUUCGGACAGUCACCAUUCUUUGACGAAGAACAGAAGCAGCAGGGCGGUGGCGUGAGACCUCAAUGCUAGGCAUUUGGACGGAAAUCCGAGCGUCAAACCUGGAGACACAGGACUAUCAGUGAGUACUAUGUCAGAAAGAGGUUCAGCCACGAAGAACACAGCAGAGGAAGACAGACGGGGCCAUUCGGAUCACGAUUCAAAGAUGUCGGACGAACACAGAGACACGGAUGAUUCCUCAGAGAAAACCCCAAGUAGGAUGUCCAGAUCCCCGCAGAAAUCCUCCAAAAGACCAAAGACAGUACCUGUGAAAGUCACACUGUUGGAUGGAUCUGCCUAUGAGACCGGGGUGGAGAAGCUCUGUAAAGGGCAGAUGUUACUGGAUCUGGUGUGUGACCAUCUCAACCUCUUGGAGAAGGACUACUUUGGUCUGACCUUCAGUGACACAGAGAGUCAAAAGAAUUGGCUCGAUCCUUCAAAAGAAAUCAAGAAACAAAUUCGUGUGGGUCCCUGGCAUUUCUCCUUUGCUGUCAAGUUUUAUCCUCCCGAUCCUUCUCAGCUGAUUGAAGACAUCACACGGUAUUACCUGUGUCUUCAGCUGAGGGAGGAUAUAUUAUCCGGUCGCUUACCCUGCUCAUUCGUCACUCACGCCCUGCUGGGCUCCUACGCCGUUCAGGCCGAGCUGGGAGACUACGACCCAGAUGAACACGGGCCGGAAUACAUCAGUGACUUCCGCUUCGCGCCUAGUCAGACACGCGAGCUGGAGGAAAGGGUGAUGGAGCUCCACCGCACCUACCGGGGCAUGAGUCCUGCAGAAGCUGAAAUUAACUUCCUGGAGAACGCCAAAAAGCUCUCUAUGUAUGGCGUUGACCUUCAUCAUGCUAAGGACUCUGAAGGCAUAGACAUCAUGCUGGGAGUGUGCGCCAGUGGCCUUUUAAUCUACAGGGAUCGUCUGCGUAUAAACCGUUUUGCCUGGCCCAAGAUCCUUAAAAUAUCCUACAAGAGAAGCAACUUCUACAUCAAGAUCCGCCCUGGAGAGGUAGAGAAAAAGUACGAGCAGUUUGAGAGCACUAUCGGCUUCAAGCUGCCCAACCAUCGUGCCUCUAAGCGCUUGUGGAAAGUCUGCAUCGAACACCACACCUUUUUCAGAUUGGUCUCUCCUGAGCCUCCCCCCAAAGGUUUUCUUGUGAUUGGCUCAAAGUUUCGUUACAGUGGGCGAACACAAGCCCAGACUCGUCAGGCUAGUGCUUUGAUUGACAGGCCAGCUCCUCAGUUUGAACGAUCGGUCAGCAGGAGGUACCUGCUGUCACGCAGUAUAGAUGGAGAAUCUGCUUUAGGGGACACUAUGGACCGACUAUCUCAACACACUUCCUGUGAGCCUGUGCCCAAUCUUCCAAGAGAUGAGUUUGACCAGGAUUACACAGAACCCAGUCUGGAUCAGGACCUGGAUCAUGAUCAACUUUAUGAAGCUGAAGAUCAGCGUCUGGAGUCCGAGUCCACUCCCUCCAGAACCGUGGAGCUCAAGAGGGAGGAUGCAGGUUCUCCUGUAGACUCUAGGACAGAGUCGGACCAGGAUUCGGCCCCACGUCCUAAACAGGAGCAGUUCCUGGAUAAACCAGAAGAUGUGCUGCAGAAACAUCAAGCCAGCAUCAAUGAGCUGAAACGAGCGCUGAGAGAGCCAAACAGCAAACUUGUCCACAGAGAGAAACGUCUUUCUGGAGCAUCGUCGGGCAGCACUCCAGAGAAAAAAUCUGCCUCAGAGGAGUCCCUAUUGAUUGAGAAGCAAGAUGGUUGUCAAAGAGACCUGACCCUCAGUAAAAAAGAGGAAAAGAGCAGGAGUCCUAGAGUAGCUUCAUUAGCCACUGGAAUCAACAGAAAGACAGAAGAGGACAGAAUGAGAGAGAAAAUCUCCACCUCACACAGUGACACAAAAGAAAAUCACAGUGUAGCAAAAAGGACCUCGGCAGAAACAAUCUUAUCACCAGAGAAGCCACUGAGAAAUAGAGCUAAAAGCCCUGCUUUAAGGUAUAACCAUUUCCAGGGCGUUGGUUCUUUGGAGGAGAAAGUGUAUGAUAAUGGGAACCCGCAGGACAGAUGUUUGCCACAGAAUGUGUUUCGUGCAAAUGGGUACGAUGAAUAUGCAGCAGAGAGACACUGGGUUAAAAAAAGAAACAUGGGUGUAACUGAUGGAGAAGAUGAGAAUCGGGAUUUGGCGAGCUAUGUAGAGAAAAGCUUUGGUGAGGCCUCUCCCAAUGCAGCUGUGGAUAAAUAUAUGAGAGAUCGAUAUAAUGAAAGCAGAUGGGAGAACCAAACCACAGAUUCAGAUGCAAACAACAUCAGAUCUACUACUAUACAAAAACAAACACCUAAUCCAGCUCCUAAAAACUCAACAAUCCAAAGAAACGAUUCCUCUGCAAGCGACACAUCGCAGUCCGAGGUAAAACGAAUAGUCCCGCUAAAGCCAGAGAGGUCAAAGAAGUUGAAAGGCAGUAAAGGAGCCAAGCUACAUGGAGAACCGAGUGAAAAAAUCAGUUCUGAAUCAUUUGAAGAAGGGAAGAAGUCUAAGGAAGAGCAAAUUGGUUGUAAGAAUACCUUGGACGGCUUCUUGAGGCCCAAAAAUUCUGCAGUUCCAGAGGGUAAUGGAAUGCUUGAUAAGCAAGAUUUGUCCAAUAAUUUUCACAAUAGGGAAGUCAGAGAACACACUCAACAGUAUCUUCAAGACAGGCACCAAUUACGGGAUUUCAAAAACAGUGCUGACCACAGGCUUAGUAUCGAACAAGAUCACUUUCUGUUUGAAGAUCCGUGUUCUAUGUUUGACUUUCCGAACAAUUCAACGUUUUUAGCCUUCGAUCAGAUUCCGUCUUUAUACCCACCUGUAAAAUCCCAGAGGGCAAGAGAUACACGUACCAAACCGAUUACCAAAAGUGAUUCCAGCAACAGUCUUCACAAGAGCUCCAACAUGGAAUCUUCCAAAAGGAAACCUGUGAGAGAGCCUUGGGAGAGACGCUUGGGAUCGGUGUCAGAAGAUGACCCAGACCUGGAUUCUCUGUACCUGAAGGAGACCCACCUAGGCAUUGAGCGCAAAUGCUCGAGCAUCACUGUCAGCUCCACAUCUAGCCUGGAGGCUGAGGUGGACUUCACCGUCCUCAUGGACUUUCAAACCGGUAUUGAGGAAUUUUCUAGAGGCAUGACCGAGCUAGGCGAAAAAGACAUCUCCAAUGAGUUUGGCUUCUCUGACCGGCCAACACAUCCAGCAUUUAUACUGGGAGCAGAUCCUAUCUAUUUUCAUGAAGAGAGACCUGUGGAAGUUCAGAGGCACGUAGAGAAACCAAAACCCGUUGUAGAGCAGAAACCACAGGAGGAGCGUAAACCAGAGCCCUUUGUACCCAAAAAGGCUCCGCGGUCAGUAAAAGUCGCCCAAGCUAUGAAGAAAGACUCUACGGAUCAAGCUUAUGCCCAGUCGAUGAGGCGUGAGAGCUCUGGAUCGCCUCCGAUUCAACCUCUGAGCAGAGAGAGCAGUGAGAUCAUCGCCUCUCAGGCUCUAAGGAAAACUGAGGUCAAGAUCGAGACGCAACCCAAUGGCUCUGAGGUCACAACCACCAUUAUGGAGAUUGCAGACCCGGACCAUGGUUUGAGCAGCAUGCGAGAGGCUACAUACUCAAUGGCAGAAAGUGUUUCUCCUGUGAACGUGGUAUCAUUCGGAAGAGAAGGUUCUCCUUUAAUGGUAACUGAGAAUGUUACAUCGGCCACUACAACUCAUGUUACUAAGACGGUGAAAGGAGGCUAUUCAGAGACGAGAAUUGAGAAAAGGAUUAUCAUUACUGGUGAUGAUGAUGUUGAUCAAGAUCAGGCGCUCGCCAUGGCAAUAAAAGAGGCCAGGCAACAGCAUCCCGACAUGUUGGUUACCAAGGCUGUGGUUGUCAGGGAAACAGAAUCUUCCACUCUAGACCCACAUGAGGAAUCAAAGUCCUGAUCUUCUCAGUUCUUCAUCAGGAAGUUGUUUCUCAAUGACUGCCACAAGCUUCAAGACCCAGGACACCAACUCUUCCACUUACACACCCAAACACCCAUACACACAAAAAAACACACACUGCCUCCCAGAUGUCAGACAUAUUCCUUCCCAUGUAAUUUUUACUUUGUGUCUACAUUGCUGUGGUAAUAUGGACAUAUGAGCGGUCUCCUCGGCUUAAGACCGCUCGGGAUGGACAGUCUCCUCGUCGCAUCGAUCAGAAGAUUUAGUCGGCAUCGUAGUCUAUCGCUUUUUCUUCACGAAUGUCAAAACUAACCAAGUGUACUCUUAACAGUGCAAUGUCGACAUUGACGCAUGAGGUACGAGGCUUUUGAUGAACAUUGCUGAAGAUUACACUAAUAAGUGGAGUGACAGUAGUGUGUGCUGAGUAGUUUCUUUAGAGCUCAUUGAGAUGUUACAUGAAGUAUUUUGCAAUCACCGACCUGUAGAGAAAAGCCUAAUGUGAUAGCUAGUGUAUGUCCAUACUUUUUUGAUCCACGAAUGUUAUA